GCCAAUCGCCCCGGUGGAAAGCGUGUGGCUUCUGCUCAGGCGACGGAGGCACGCCCCAGCUCGGGGCCAGAGUCCGGUGGAGCCUAGUGCGAAGUCCCAGGGCGAAAAGGGCUCCGGGGCGCGCGCCGCCGGUGUUGCGCGCUCGAGGCGCCCUGGCCGGGGGGAUGCCCCUGUGCGGGCUCGGCGACUAGCCCGACCGCUUGGUGCAUGGCCCAGCUAUGGAGGUGGUGGACGAGACCGAGGCUCUGCAGCGCUUCUUCGAAGGUCAUGAUAUUAAUGGAGCUCUUGAAGCAUCAAACAUUGACACCAGCAUUCUGGAAGAAUACAUCGGUAAAGAAGACUCACAAGAUAUUUCUGAUUUAGAUUCCAUCUCUGACAUUCCAGCAUCAGCCGGUUAUCCUCAUACUCAGCCUGCCAGCUCUGCCACUGUCAAUGCAUCUGUCUCCAGUAUUGGUCAUGUAAUUACUCCUGUACCUAGUGGUAACUUCCAUCAUGGUCCCCCAAGCACCCAAAUCCCAGUCCGUCAUGGUCUCCAUCCUGGCCCUUCAAGCAGUCAAGUUCCAAUACGGCACGGACCCCCCUUGCCAAAUCCAUGUGGGUCCAGUUACAGUGCUCAUCUCAACUGCAAUAACAACAAUGGCAUGGUAGUACCCAAAGGGUUUCUCAGUGGCCACUGCCUGUCCAACAUACCCCCUCCAAUCAAAUCAGAAGCCUCCUACACAUCUGGCACUUUACCCGACUCUCCCCCAGACUCCGGAUCCGAAGCUUACUCCCCUCAGCAGGUGAAUGAUCCUCACCUUCUUCGAACUAUGACUCCUGAGAAUAUGUGUCAAGUUACUCCCCCUUCACGGUUAGAGCAUCCCCCACCCCCUCCGCCUCCUCCACCCCCACCCCACCUUCAGGGACUGCCACCACCACCACCUCCUCAUUCACAUCAGCAGCAGCACAGCCAUCACUAUCCCAGCAUGCAACGGGAUAUGUACGCGAAGGCUGAGCCUCUGCUGCCACAGUUCACUAUAGGACAAGGCAUGUCACCUGGUGACCUCCAUCAUGCUCAGCAGUCACAGAUGCUUCAUCAGCUACUUCAACAACAUGGAGCAGAACUUCCAGUGCACCCUGCCAAGAAGAGGAAACACUCGGAGUCACCAUCAAACACUCUCAAUGCCCAGAUGUUCAAUGGAAUGAUAAAACAGGAGCCAGGUACAGGAUCUGUGCCCCUCAACUCUGACAGAGUCCAGACACCUCCCUGGCAUCAGCAGGGGGCGCUCUCCCCAGGACUGAUUCAGGAUAAUGACAGCUUGAACAGCUCUUCCUACUUGGAUCCCAACUACCAAUCUAUAAAAUGGCAGCCACAUCAGCAGAACAAGUGGUCGACUCUGUAUGAUGCCAACUAUAAAGAGCUACCUAUGCCCACAUACCGAGUAGAUGCAGAUAAGGGCUUCAAUUUCUCUGUGGGAGACGAUGCUUUCGUGUGCCAGAAAAAGAACCACUUCCAAGUCACCGUGUACAUUGGUAUGAUUGGAGACCCCAAAUAUGUCAAGACUCCUGAGGGUCUGAAGCCACUUGAAUGCUUCUAUCUGAAACUGCAUGGGGUGAAGUUGGAAGCAUUAAACCAGUCAAUCAACAUAGAACAGUCGCAGUCAGACCGCAGCAAAAGACCUUUUAAUCCUGUCAUGGUCAAUUUGCCUCCAGAGCAAGUCACAAAGGUCACAGUGGGGCGGCUGCACUUCAGUGAGACCACAGCCAAUAACAUGAGGAAGAAGGGGAAGCCUAAUCCUGAUCAGAGAUACUUCAUGUUGGUUGUGGCUUUGCAAGCUCACUCUCAGAACCAGAACUACACUCUGGCUGCUCAUAUCUCCGAGCGCAUCAUUGUUAGACAAAGGGCCGGUUCGGGGGUAAAACACAAACAGAGGGCAGACGGGGACCCCGGAGUCUGCAGACAAGCUUCUAACCCAGGUCAAUUUGAGAGUGACAGUGAUGUACUUUGGCAACGCUCUCAGCUCCCUGACACUGUCUUUCACCAUGGCCGAGUUGGCAUCAACACAGACCGACCUGAUGAAGCCUUGGUUGUCCAUGGCAAUGUAAAAGUUAUGGGAUCCCUUAUGCAUCCAUCAGACAUCCGAGUAAAAGAUGAUAUCAAAGAGGUAGACACCACAGAGCAACUGAAGAGAAUCUCCCGUAUGCGGCUGGUGCACUAUAAUUACAAGCCAGAGUUUGCUGCCACUGCUGGCUUGGAGAAUACAACUGAGACAGGUGUUAUUGCUCAAGAGGUGAAGGAAAUUCUUCCAGAAGCAGUAAAAGAUUCUGGGGAAAUAGUCUUUACCAGUGGGAAAAGUAUUGAGAAUUUCCUUGUGGUAAAUAAGGAGCGGAUUUUUAUGGAAAAUGUUGGGGCUGUGAAGGAGCUCUGCAAACUGACUGACAACCUGGAGAACCGGAUUGAUGAACUAGAGAGGUGGAGUCAUAAACUGGCCAAGCUCAAAAGGUUGGACAGUAUGAAGUCAACUGGAAGCUCUGGAGCAUUCAGCCAAGCUGGGAGUCAGUUCAGCCGUGCAGAAAGCAUACCACAUAAAAAGAGGUCCCCCAAAGUGGCAGGCAAGACUCCCACACAAGGAGUCAAAGACCAAGCUUGCAUCAGUCAACGUUUUCUGCAAGGUACCAUUAUUGCUUUGGUGGUGAUUAUGGCAUUCAGUGUGGUGUCCAUGUCUACACUCUACGUGCUAAGUUACCGCAGUGAGGAAGACCUUGUGGAUAUUGAAGGGUCCAGUCAGAACAUAGAUAAAAAUAAGAUGACGUUUUCCACUACUGCACCAUCAAAUACCCCCAGCAAUGCUUCCCCUUCAGAGAAUGCCACAACCCAUGUACCUGACUUGUCCCCUGCCUUGCCUGCCUAUAACGUAGUAGUCUGUUUCAACCCACCUUGUUUUUCUACCUGUUGUUCUUCUGUUCCCAACAACAUAUCUACUCCUGGGCCUUCAGGGACCACUACAGUCGCCACCAACCGGAUAGACCAAAGCUUCGUGUCACUCCUACCAGUGACAAAUAUCAAAGCCAAAUCGAGGGGGAUCACCGGCAAGACAGCUUCCCACACAAAGUGGCCAAAGACUGCUGACCGAUCACGGGACUUUGGGGGUCCCAAUGCCAGCCCCUCCUCCCUCUUCACCAACAUCCAGGGCAAGUCCAAAUACGUUGCCAACCUCCCCCUCACAUACAACAGCUUUCCUUCCGAUCAGACAUCACGGCAGCGACGGAGCAUCAGCCAACCAGAUGCUAAGAAGCCUGGCAUCGCAAGGACCAAGCAUAAUGAAACAGCUCCUGUGCUCCAGUCUGUGUCACUGUUGGAGGCGAAUGUGGUCAUCUUGCCCCAAGUCUGUGCUACAGGGGACAAUUGCAGGACUGGAAAUAUCACUUAUCGCAUUCCCAUCAGCAAAUUUACAUCAGUGAACACAAAUCUUACUUUGGAAAUGAAUGCUUCCUCAGCUGUAUCUGGCUAUCUUUGUAAUCUCACAUCCAACAGCCCAUGUCUGCACACUGAAAAUAACCUAGACAACUUGUCUAAUGCAACAGAUAUUCAGAGAGCAACAUACCGUUGGCCUGUGGUCAUGAUGCCAUUCCAGGAAUUUACUUACCAUUUCCGAUUAGCUAGGCCUGGCCAAGCUAACUGCAGUACCCCUGUGGAGCAGAUGGGCUCUCUCUUUAAUGACUACUAUUUCCAGUUUUAUUGGCUCUGUGAAUGAGUCUCGGGAACACCUGCACCCUUUUGACAGAAGCAGAAAAAACGAUGGGCUCCAAGACUCAUUUGACUGAAUACUCUCUUCAAAGAACGCCACGCCCUGACUAGUUGCUUCUAAUCGAUAAUCCCUUCCUUUGGGCCUGAGUUACUUUGGUUUCCUUCCUAGCAGAUGGAGGUUAAUCUUAGAAUGCCAUACUUUGGGAAGGAAUAGUGCCACAAGCAAAACAAGGAAAUACAGAGGCAUUUUGUUUUCUUGAUUUGCUGUAGGAUGCUAGAAUUCCUCUGGCCUCCGAGUACACUGGAUUUUAAAAUUUUAGGCUUGACCAUGCUUGUGUUCGGUCUAUUUGGACAUCUCAGAACUGAAAGAUAUGGCUUGACUGGAAACAAAUCUUGGUGCCCAGAAAGUCAAUGAAGCAGCUUUUUAAUGCAAAUUUCUUACCAAUGAUGUUAGAAGUCCUAUUCUAAAAUGGAAACACUGGAUCUGUCUGAAAAGGAAUUCUAUCUAGAUGUGUUGCAAGUCGUACACUGGAAUUUUCGACUUUCUAGCUGGCAGUCAGAUGCUUCUCUUUAAAGCUAUGCUUGGCAGAAAUCCUGGUGACACUGGAAUUCAGGGCUGAUAGUUGUUUUCAAUAGCAAUAACCAAUGGAAAAGCUAUGGGGUUUACCUCUCACUUCUUCCUGUAUCUACCUUACUAUAAAUUUAUAUUUGGCAGACAACAAACCUCAAGGACCCUGCAAAAGCCACUCUCAGGCAGGUCACAUUUGCACCCAAAGUGCCUUCUUUUCAGGACUGGAUGAAGAUGCUUCUCAAGAAGAUAGAUCUCUUCUUCAAAUAUACUUGAGAAAAUAGCCCCUGGGCUCUACAACUGGACUUCACAAUGCUGGUAUCGAAAAAGCAUUGACUGAAACCUUUUAAAUCCCAUUAUCUGUCGCUGCCAAAAAUACAUUCAUCCCAAAGAGAAUAUGGAAAAACUUAUAGUAUUAACCCUUGUGCCAGAAACUAGGAAAAGGAGGCCACCAGAAGCAACGUACCCAGUGCUAAAAAUAUCUACACUGAAUUUUUUUAAAAUCCCUAAGGGGUCACAGGGGUCUCUGUGAGGUAACAAACAAAAUACCUUUCUUCAUUCUAGGCUUUGAAUAUCCUUCAUAUUUCAGGUAAUUUACUGUUACAAGAUUUUAAUUUGCUAAACCACUUGUGGGGUUUUUUUUCACCAAAUAGAGAAAAAAAGCAGCAGCCAAUAUUCAAGUCAAUUAUUGAUUGGCUUGUGUCUCAUAGGAAACCAAAGUUGAAUCCACACCGAGUGCCAACCUGAGCCAAGAUUUUGAAUUAGGUGCUGGGAUAAGUCAGAUGUAUAAGCACAAUGUCAAGGUAUCAGCCUUUUGCCCUCAGUUCGAAGACAAAUGAGUCAGGUUGGUUCAGGCACUGGCCAUUUCUUUCUAAAAUAAUUAAAGAAGAUUUAUGUAGGAGCAACAACAGUUGCAUAGAAAACAAGGAGGUAAUCUGAUGGGGAAAGUAAGAAGCUGCUGGUUCAGCUCUCUCAACCAGAAUGAAAUUACUGUAUAAAGAAUAUAUGAAAAGAAGCGUUCUUGCCUUUGGCCUAUUCCAGCCAUCCAGCACUGCAAGCUUUUAAAUUGAUUACUGUAGUUAAAAAUGACUAAAGUAGACCUUGGCUAUUGGUAUUUUUUUAAGCAUUGGUGUGUUUGUGAAAACAUACAGUAGGGUUGCCUGCAUUUCUUGGUGGAACUGCCACAUUAUUAAUUUAUCUAUUACUGGGUAGGCAUACUUUUAAGCUAUUAUUCGUGUUGCAUAUUUGACACUGCAUUGUAUAUCUAUGCUAAAAAUCGCACUUCCCGGAGAAAAACAAUAGCUAAAAGUAGUUUUAUAAGAACACUUCUAAUAAAUGUAUUAAUAUGUAUGCUAACCUAGCAGUUCAAAAGCAUGCAAAUUUGAAUAGAUAAAUAGGUACCAUUUUGGUGGGAAGGCAACAGCAAUUCGUAUGCCUCAAGUCAUGUUGGCUACAUGACCAUGGAAAUGCUGGCUCCCUCAGCUACCGUAGAAAACAGAGAUGAGCACCGCCCCCUAGAGUUGGACACAACUGGACAGGGGAAACUUUUACCUUUAACCUGUUUUCACAAAAUAAUGUACUGGUCUAAUUGUUCUUCAGGAUGCUUUAAAGCAAGUGAUACUUAUGGAUGCAAUAUAAAAUUAAUUCAUUGUUAAUGAUUGACAUCUUUCUUUGGGAUGUUGUAUGUUGUGUGCCCAAGAAUAGCACCUAAAGAAAAACAGCAGUUGGGUAUUCCUAUUUAUUCAGAGCAAUGAUGAUACACUUGAUGAUAUAGGGCAGUGUUGGUGAAUCUUUUUGGCACCAGGUGCCGAAACGGGAACGUGUGCAUGCGUGCUGGAAACCGAAGAGCAGAUUCAGCUCCUGCGCAGCCCCGCCACCCCAGAAGAGCAGCAGCAGCAGCGUCAGCAGCAGGGCAAGGGGCAGGAGCAACUGGCCGGCUCCUGCAGCCACUUCCCUGCUGGUGAGCCAGGCCCUCAGCGGCAUCUCCAAGCAUGAGGAACUAUGCUCUCCUCUAGCCCUUCUAGGGCAGCUCGCCUCCCCGAUGGCAGCUCCUCCUCCUCCUGGCUUCUCCAGCAUCCCAGCCAGAAGUGGCAGCGGCAAGAACCGCCGCCAUCCCCUCAUACCUGGCAGGAUUAGCGGGCAGGGUGGCUGGCCGGCCAGCUGGCAAAAGUUGCCCCCGAAUUGGCCAGGCACUCCGGACCGUGGAUGCGCAUCAGUGCUGCAGUUUGGAGAGCUGGGGCUGCGCAAGAAGCCCGCUCAGGCAGGGAGGGAGGGAAGCCCCUGCCCGUCCUGGCUGAAAGCUUUGCUCCCCUAGGAAGCAACCACCAGGAUCCCUUCUGCACGUCUUUGGGCACUUGAGCUGUCGCCCGUUGCUAUUCUGGGUUCUGGCACACUGGCCAGCUGGUCUUCACGUGCGCAGAAGCGCUGGAAACCAGAAGAGCAGCCGCCGGGUGCGCAUGUACACACUGGGAAUUUGAUCUUCCGGUUCCCGGCGUGCAUAUGGGCACCAGCCAGCUGGUCUUCGUGCGCACAUGCAUGCCAGAAACCAGAAUACCAGGUGGCGGCUGCUCUUCUGGUUUCCAGUGCUCCCACGCGUGUGAAGACCAGUUGGCCGACACGCCGAAACCCAGAAGAGCAACGGGCAACGAUUCGCAUGUCUGAAAAGAUGGCUCUGCGUGACACUUCCAGCAUGCGUGCCAUAGGUUCGCCAUCACGGAUAUAGGGAGAAGACAGAGAAGUUUUAGUUAGGUCCACCUCAGAGAAAACAGACAUGUAAAGACUCUCAUGGCUGUCAUUACUAGUACUUGCCACCAGCUGGCAUUGUUGCACAAGAAAGAAUUAACGAUCAGUUUUUGUAUACAGAUACAGGAAGAGAUCUAAGGAGCAAACAUGCAUGAAGUAGGAAAUCUUUAAUACCUACAGUAUUUAAUUUGGCACUUAAUUUCAGAUAACUAACAUUAAACUGGAAUUGUAAUUUAUUGAUGUCAUUACUAUAGGUUUUAAACAUUGAAGAUAAUAUAUACUUUAGAUAAGGCUCUCUGGCCAAAAGAAAAAAGUUUAAACUGCAGUCCUGUACUCAUUAUUCACUGAUGAAUAACAGAAAGAAAUGAAUUUGAGUUCAGCAAUCUUCCAUAAGGAUGCACUGCUAAGCACUGCUUAUUGAAGGACUGCACUGAUUGGCAUUUCAGUGCAGAAUUGAGCUUCAGUUAUUAUGAAGACAGCCGUUGCCUGUACUUCUCUAGGCCAUCCUUGAUAGCAUUAGCUUCUCUCUUAACCCACUGUUCUGUUUUCCUCUUUCCCUCUACAUUCUUUUUUUCUUCUCCUCCUCUUCCUUCUCCUCAGUGCCUUAGUUUGGACAUAAUUGUAACAGAGCCAAUGUAAAGGAGAAUAGAGGAAAAUAUUGUACAUUUUAACAUGAUUUUGUUUGGAGUCUUUUUCUUCUAUACACACACUUGUGCUCAGAAUAACAAGAAGAAUAAAUGAUGAAACCAUAGGCCAGAUAAAAUCUUUCUUUUAUGGUUAUUCUUGGGAUGCUGUCCAAUCAUGUAAGCAUUUAUCAGGGACCAGUAUGAGAUGAAACAAAAUGCUUUAAAAGCCAUGAGGAGGGUUUGUUUUUUGGAACGAUUCUUUUUAAUUCACGAUUUUGUCCAUCCUUAUUCAUUUGCAUUCAGCUUUUGCUAGAAUUUAAUUCUUGUUUAUCAUUGAUGAGUACAAUUGUAUUGAUUCAGAUCUGCUUCAAAGCUUAUUUUAUCUUUCUAGAAUCUAUUUCCUAUAAAGAGCCAGCCAUGCAAGUAUCCAACACCUCUCCAGCUUCCUAUUUUCUAGCAAUGAAAUGUAUAUCAAGAUACACAUUUACUCUCCUCACAACCCUGCUUACCAUCUGUCUAUUGGUCUGUCAUGACCAUGCUUCUGAAGGCAGUGCAAGAACUGCUGUCACUUUAGAGGAUUGCAUCAAUCCUGACACUUUUUUCAUGUCAGGGUUCAACUCUUUCAGCUUCCCACAUAGUGGGAUCUUCCAAUGUUAUUCCAGCCAAAUGGAAAGAAGUCCUGCAAUGGUGCCCCUUUAGUUAAAGAAAUGCAAGUAGUAAAUCAUAGAAAUGGAAGAAUCUGUUGUUCCUUUUGAUUCCGUCUUAGCUCUAGUACGGCUCUUCUCAGCAGCAAGGUGCCAGAAUACUCCUUUAUUACAAGCAGUAAGAAAUCUUUAAACCCUUAGUUAAGAGCUAUUCAUUUAAAAACAAUCUGAUGAGGACAUUCACAUUUUCUUGACUAUCCCUUUGCCUACUCCUCAGUACUGAUAUAAAUAGCUAACCCACCACUGUUUGUUAUCUAUCCUGAUCAGGGUGAGGCAGCAAAGACAAAAUGACAUCAGAAAUAAAAACAACCAAUCACUUUCUUCUCCCAGUUGAUCCAAUGGAAUUGGAGAGAAGGUAUCUGUGUUUAUAUAUAAGUAUGCAUGUAUAUGUAUGUGUGUGUAUACAUACACACAAGCACACAUAUACAUAUAUCAAAUCUUUUUAUUGGCAAAUUCACAUCAAAGUUUUCUCUGGUAUGCAUAAUCUUUUAUAACGAGUAUUACUCUUUAUAUUACAGGUUUCAUUGUUUUAAAAUGCUGUAACACUGCAUCUAUAAUAUCUCGCUUGUCUCAAAAUGCUUCAAAGUAUCAAGUGUGGAACAGAGAAAAUUAGCCAAAAAAAUCAUAGCAAAUUAAUAACCAUCAGUGCCUCAGUUAUUAGCAUAAUCACAUAAACUGGACCUUUCGACCAUACAAUCUUUACUCAUCUUGUUUUAGAACAUUCCUUCCCAUUUGCAUUAUUUACAGACUUCUCAAAAGCAAAAUAGUGAUUAACAACUGUAUCUGUUCCUGUCUGAUAGAGACAGGUUAAGAGAUGGUGCUUCCUGCUUAGUUGGUAGCUCACCUUUCUAAGAGCUAAAAUUCUAACUGUGCCUCUUUAGACACUGGGGAGGAACAGGAAGAAAAAACAAGGGUAGAAAUGGAGCCAGCUUUUAAAGUUUGGCUACUCUGAAGGUUAGGAAUGAUUUCUCAAAAGGAAAAUCCAUACACUUUUUGUAUUUUUAUUAUUGUUAAAGCUUAAAGCCUGUAUAUAAAUAUUUUAUGCCAUCACUGUGAGCCUUAAGGAAUAUAAAGCACUAAUUGUUUUGUUUAAAAGUUGCUACCACAGCUUUAAUCAUUGUAUAUUGUCCACAAUUUCAAAGUCAUAUACUUAGUGAGUACUAUGUUAAUGUUUUAUUAUUAUUUUAGUUUGGUGGAGAAUAAGUGAAGUUGCUUUUUCUUCUACCACCUGCUUUUCCAAUUUGUAUUUAUAUUUUGUUCUUGUUUUGGAGUUCUGGUGGUCAGGAUUCCUCUACUUUUGUUUGCUUAUCUAGAGCCUAAUUCUUAGGAAAUGUACCUGUAUAAAUAAAUACCCAAGUAUACUA